AUGCCCGCAGCGCGCGAGAAUCCAAGUGACGCGAGCUCGACCACAGCAAGCUCGACUCGAGAGGAGAAAGAGGUGGAAGCAGAGCCUCCUCAAAACGCGGACUCUGCGCAAACAGAAAAGCAGGAAUCUCCUGAAUCAGGUCCCAGCGGGCCAGUUGCUGUGCCUAGAGGCGAGCGCAGAGGUCUUUGGGCAAAUUUAUCGAUCGUUUCUGAGGUCGAGAAGCCUUCCGAAUACAAGAAUGGCACGAAGUGGAUGAUGACCGUUAUUCUCGCGUUCGCCGCUGGGACGAGUUCGACGGGCGCCGCGAUCUUCUAUCCCGCCCUUCGUCCCGUGGCCGAGGAUUUGGACACUUCGCCCAGCGUAGUCAACUUGUCGUUGGCAUUCUACUUGCUGAUAAUGGCUCUCACGCCCAUGUGGUGGGCCUCCUGGUCAGAAAUCUGGGGCCGACGAACAGUCUACAUUGCUUCAUUCGGGCUCUUCGUUAUCUUCUCCGUCAUCAGCGCGGUCAGCGUAAACAUUGCGAUGCUCAUCGUGUUUCGAAUCCUCACCGGCGGUGCUGCGGCCGCUGUGCAGGCGGUCGGAUCGGGAACAGUCGCAGAUCUCUGGGAGCCAAAGGAACGGGGCAAGGCAAUGGGAGUCUUCUUCCUCGGUCCUCUCUGCGGACCAGGUAUCGCGCCUGUCAUUGGUGGUAUCUUGGCCCAGGAACUCGGCUGGCGAAGCACACUCUGGGCUCUCGUCAUCUUUGGCGGCGUUCUCUUCCUCUCCAUUGUCUUUCUGCUUCCCGAGACUGUGGCCAGACGUGAGAAGGUGAAGAAGAGCGUCAUCGCACGCUUCACCGAUCCAGUCAAGACACUCGGCCUGCUCAGACACCCACCGAUUCUGGUCACGGUAUAUUCUGGCGGCUUGGGCUUCGCUGCAAUCUAUGUCAUCAACAUUGCGAUCCAGGCGAACUAUGGCGAAGCGCCAUACAACUUCAGUGUUCUCAUUGUCGGUCUGCUGUACCUCGCCCCCAUGCUGGGUUAUGCCGUUGCUUCCCAGACUGGAGGCCGCUGGAUCGACUACUUGAUGAAGCGUGGCGCUCAACGAGCUGGCCGCUACGACGCCGAAGGCAAGCCGAUCUAUUUGCCAGAAGACCGCAUGCAGGAGAACAUCUGGAUCGCCGCCUCACUCUAUCCUGCCGCCAUGAUCUGGUACGGCUGGGUCACACAGUAUGGUGUCCACUGGAUCGUCUCUUGCAUUGCCAACUUUUUCUUCGGCAUUGGAGCCAUGCUUGUCUUCGGCUGUGUCCAAACCAUGCUGACGGAGUUCACGCCCAAGAAGUCUUCGGCCGGCGUUGCCUUGAACAACUUUGUGCGACAGAUCUUGGCUACGAUCGCGACCGUGGUCGUCCAGCCUCUGAUCGAUGUCAUGGGUACGGGAUGGAUGUGCACCAUGAUUGCUCUAUUUUGCUGGGUUACCGGCAACUUGGCCAUCCUUGCGUUGAAGAAGAAGGGACCUCAAUGGAGGGGAAAGAUGGAUAAGAAGCUCAAUGCUCCCAAGUCGUAA